AUGUUAGUCGGCUACAGCAGCAGCUCGGAUGAGGAAAAUGAUGCUAUCGAAGGAGAGGCAGACGCGGCUGCAGACCAUAACAAAACCUUUUAUCGAAGAUGUCAGCAAAACGGUGGUGAAAAUCAUUGCCCGUUGAAGAAAAAGCCCAAAAUAGAGGAAUCCUCUACAACAGCGAGGUUGCCUCUCCCUGAUUGCCUGCUAGACAUGUUUCCAGAAGAUCUGGAGGCACAGACUGAGGAUAGCUCUUUGCAUGAUGGUCGCAUCCGCUCUUUUAAACAUGAGAGAGGAAACUGGGCAACUUAUGUUUAUUUUCCAUACAAACCUGAAGAGGAGUUUGAGGAGUUAAUGGAGGCGCUUCUGUCGACUGCUGCUGCCUUUGGAGUGGUUUUAAUUCCACAGGAGGAAUUUCAUCUCAGCCUGUCUCAGACAGUGGUCCUGAAACAUCACUGGAUCCAACCCUUCAUACAAGGCCUUAAGGCAGGCCUGGUCCCCUGUAAAAGAUUUGUAUGCUCAGCAUCCAGACUAAAAGUCUAUUGUAAUGCUGAGAAGACAAGAACCUUCUUAGGGGUGGAGGUUGUAACUGGCCAUGCCCAGUUAUUAAACAUGGUCCAUGUAGUGGAUAGAACACUGACAGAUUUUCACCUGGACACCUUUUAUCAGGAUCCAUCAUUUCAUGUUAGCCUGGCCUGGUGUGUUGGGGACUUCACUGUCCAAUUGCAGCAAUGCCUUCAUAAGCUUCAGAAUUUGGUUGAUAACCAUGAAGGGGAAACAUAUCAUCUGUGGUUAGACUGUUCAGAGCUUCGCUGCCGCACAGGAAACAAGACCUUCCGCUUCCCACUGGCUUCUUAA